UUUUCACCUCGGAAUAGCUAAAUUUGGGUUCCUUCCCGGAAGCGUAAUUCCUAUCAUUGUGCAUCUACUAGUUACGUUGAAGCUCGCAUAAAAAUGACUUGGAUACAGAGCUGCUUGCCAUAUAUCUACAUGCUGAACGUUCCAGGACGAUUGCUAGUUCGCCUCAGGUGCCGUGAACACAAAAUGCUGCAUCCGCUGCCAGUCGAUAGUCUCAACAUGCUUUAGCCCUGCCUUUUCUGCCGUCUGAAUCAUGUCCUCAACGCUCCAGAUACGAAAUCGGUGGGUAUAAUGGCAGAUCUCAAGAACUGUCUUGUUGCCCUCCUUAUCUACCUUUGAUAUUUCUGUAUCGAGCCGUCCCACAUGGUGACCAUCCUCAACGUACUCGCGGUGGAAGAUAGGUUUAAAGGACAACGAGGAACCCUUGCUAUAUUCGUCCAUGGAUUCCGUAGAUUCAUCGUAAGUGCUUGGAACCACACCGUCUUUGUAUGCUCCAGCUACCUGGAACUCCAGAAGAGAGAUACAAGCUCUACCGCUCCCGGGGCGUAAUAACUUGGCGAUAUGGUAGAAGAAGGCAUAUAUGUUGGCUUCACCCUCAAUAUAGCCGAUCCCCCCAUCUGCACAGAGAACAAAGCUCAAUUGCCCUCUGAGUUGAGAAAGGUCUGGCUGAGCGAGCAUGUCGCUCGCAUCGCCCACAAUCCAAGUGACGCUGCCAACGUUAGAAAGCUCAGAAGCCCUGCUUUUUGCUCGCUCAACCAUGGAAGCAGACUUGUCGAGCCCAAUAAAUCUGGCAUCACUCAGGUCUUCGCCUGAUUUAGCUGCUUUUGACGCCAUUUUGCGGAAAAUACGGCCCGAGCCUGCUCCAAUAUCCAAGACGAUAGUGGGAUCCGUAGGAGAUUGCUGGGGUCGGUCGAGUCUCAGGAACAUGUCCCAAUACAGUUUUCCAUCGUCGAAUCCCUCGAAAUCCAUGUCUAAUGCUGAAUCGAGAGCCUUUGCCAUGUAAACGGAGUCAUAAUAGCUGGUAUGCGAAAUAUCUCCCUUCGAGGUAUAGUCAAUCGUCAUUUUGAUAUAAAGAAAAAUCGGGCUCAAUUGGACUUUCAGCCAGUUGCUAGAUGCCUUCAGGCAAAAAAGAUGAUGGCAAUGGUUGUGAAUAGGGCAGUUGAAGGCAUUAUUUGGUAUAUCAACUUAGCCAUGGCGCCGGUUAUAAGUACUGCUAACUCUGUUCAGCAACCCAGUACGAUUUUUCCUUUUCUAUAUUUAAAGAUCUAACCACGUAGCCAUGAUUAAAAUUCGUGGCUUAUUUGAAUAGGAGAAAAUCAAUCCUCUUGGUGAUUGAGUGAAGAAACGGGGAAUAUCUGUAUGCAGAAGCCUUUGCAGAAGCCACAUUCCCAAUUUAUGGUCCUUCCACUCCCCACUUUUUUACACUUUUGCAAUUACCAGAUUGCUGCUGGUUAGAUGGUUAAUAGUUAGCUAUCUUGGGCCAUCAAGUGUGGGUUGAUUCCUGUCGUUGGCAAGGAGCCCAUGUGAACAGGUGCAUGAAAACCCAAGGAGGGAUUGGUAUCUGGAGAUGCUGGGCCUUUAACCCCCAAAGGCGACGAAGCACCUUCGGACGAAUGCAUAGAACCACACCUUGCCGAUCGGUUGCAUCCUAAAUAUAUAAUCUAAUGUGAGCCUAGCUGCCUCUAACCGAUGCAUGAUGUGAUAUCCAUAUACUUGCAGUUUUUAAGAGGCCGCAUGCUUCUGUCCUUCUGACCACAGUCACGAAUUUGAGGCAAAAGUGGUGACAGUCUUCCUGGCCUUCUCGCCCUCGUGCCUGCAUGGCUAUAGCCGUAAUCCCAGCGUCACCCAACAUCCACGUAGGCACCUGAGGCUACCUGCACUCCGGGCUGAUAAUCCCAGUCGAGUACCUACGGGUAUAGUGCCCACGGCUCUUCUUGUUUGCAGCAAAGGACGGAGUUAGUGUCGAUGUGGCAGGUAACUAACUAACUAGUUAACUAGUUUGUUGGGCGUUAGUUACACCAGCCAGCUCUCCUAUCAAGGGCUGGAACUAGUUAAGUCGACUUGUCCCAGCGGUGAAUCAUAUCUGGAUACUUGCGCUGGGACGAGUUUAGCAGGUCUGUAGGGGAAUGUAUGUCCGACCACGGUUGGUCAUGCCAUUUUGAAGUGAGUAUGCCACCACACUACCCAGGUAGGUUCUGACUCUGACCCUACCGAUUGCUACCGAUAGGUAUCCUGCUGCCGGGGGCUUUGCACACUUUUGGGCCAUGACCCUUAGAGAUGGGGUAUCAACAGACGAGAACUAGGUCAAAGAAUCAGCCAGCUAUCCCGCGAAAGAAAGAAAUGCCAUUUUCGUGAAUCACACGCACCUGGACUUGGAGACAAUUCGAAACCUACUGGUUCUGUCAAUUGAAUGCUUUGCAUAUACACCUCUCUUCUAUUUGUCUUUCCAGUUUAUAUUACAAAGGACAGGGGAUUCUUCAAGAUAGCGCUUGUUCAGGUAGAUUAAGGAUGGCUUAGAGCUCGUAGGAUAGUUAAGCGAGCAUCUAUGAGUGCUCUUCAGUGAUUGGACAUAGCUAGUUAACUAACCCCUAGAAUAAAAUAGAGUCCAUCGAAGUCGAGCCUGUCAAACCUCGGGAUAUACUCAGAUAUAGCAUCAUUCAAUGACGCUUUGCUCAAAAAUCCAUAAAUCAUGGAGUAAUUGUCUUUUCAGCGGGUGUCAUAUGCGGGUAAACGGCCUCUGUAC